AUGCGUCCAACUAUUUCGUCACUAGCGAGAAUAGCCUCGAGAGGUAAACGCCCACCACCUCUUGGAUCCAUCACCGCUCCCUCUUCUUCUUCCUCUUCGAGAUUAUCGGAAAUACCUCAAUCUGGCGCAUCUUCAAGUUCAGGUUCUGGCUCGACGCUGCGCGAAGAAGGAUGGUAUCAUGUGAAUAGGAGUGAAGGUGGAAAAUUACCUGUGUACUCGAAGAUCAGGAAUGGUGGAGCCGUAACUACGAUUAUAAGGAAGGUUGAUGGUGAUGUUAGAACAUUACAAAAUCAACUCACAUCCUACCUCGCCGAUCUCCACAUAGACCCAUACACAACAUCCCCCAAAGUCACUGUACGCCCCACGAACAAUCACCUGCAGAUCAAAGGCCAUUGGGUAGAUCAGGUGAAAGGUUAUCUGGAAGGUAGGGGUUUUUAG